CGGCGGCGAUGGCCCGGGGAGGCGGGGGGAUCGCUGUUUAUUUGCAGCUGGGCCACCGCGGCGGCGGAGCACCGGGCGCCCGGGCGGGGACAUUAGGCGCGCGAUGCCCGAGCCAAGCAGGCCGCCGCGCGCCCGGGUCCCGGCCGGAGAGGAUGCGCGCCGCGCGGGAGCGGCCGUGCGGGCGGUGCGAUGCUGGUGACCCGCGGGGACCGCGGCGGCGGGGAGCGCGCGCCCUCGCGGCGCCCGCGCUGGGGGCUGGUUCCAGCCGGGGCCGCGGCGCUGCUAACUGGGGCCAGCUGCCUUUGCUACGGCCGCUCGCUGCGGGGCGAGUUUGUGCACGACGAUGUGUGGGCGAUCGUGAACAACCCCGACGUGCGACCCGGGGCUCCGCUGCGCUGGGCUGUCUUCGCUAACGACUUCUGGGGCAAGGGCCUGGCGGACAGCACCAGCCACAAGUCCUAUCGGCCGCUAUGCGUGCUGUCCUUCAGGCUAAACAUAUUUCUGACUGGCAUGAACCCUUUCUACUUUCACGCGGUCAACGUCAUUCUACACUGCCUGGUGACCCUCGUGCUGAUGUAUACCUGUGAUAAAACAGUCUUCAAGAAUCGAGGACUGGCAUUCGUCACAGCUCUGCUCUUUGCAGUGCACCCGGUCCACACCGAGGCGGUGGCUGGCAUCGUGGGCAGGGCUGAUGUACUAGCAUGCCUCCUGUUCCUGCUGGCCUUUCUCUCCUACCACAGGAGUCUGGAUCAGGACUGUGCAGGACAGUGCUUCCCCCCGACGGCUUCUCCCUUCUUCCUGUUGCUCAGUUUGUUUCUGGGGACCUGUGCCAUGCUGGUGAAGGAGACAGGCGUCACCGUGUUUGGAGUGUGCUUGGUUUAUGAUCUCUUCUCCCCCUCCCACAAGCAGGACAAGUUGAGCAAUGGGGCCAUAUGUCAGCACAGCCCGAGGCAGCCAGGGAGCCCCCAGCCCUCCUCUCAGCAAGCCCACCCCCACCGUGAGAGCAGAAAGCAGCGCUUCCCACACAGAGACACCUGGGGAGGCUGCCAUUCGCCAUUGCCACCAGAGCCCAAGAGCAGUGGAUUCCCUGUGUCCCCGAGAGCACUGUGGUCACUGAUGAGGUGUCUAACAGGAAACAGCAACAGAAGCUUCCUGCUUACCCUGAGACCGUUUUUAAAGCGGGCCAUUCUGGUUAUCAGUUAUGUGACUGUCAUUUUGUAUUUCCGCCUGUGGAUAAUGGGAGGAACUAUGCCCCUCUUCUCAGAGCAGGACAACCCAGCUUCAUUCUCGCCGUACAUCCUUACCAGGUUCCUUACCUAUUCCUACCUCCUGGCCUUCAAUGUAUGGCUUCUGCUGGCACCCAUCACCCUGUGCUAUGACUGGCAAGUGGGCAGUAUCCCUCUGGUGGAGACCAUAUGGGAUGUGAGAAACCUUGCUACCAUCCUUCUGGCAGUGGUGAUGGCCUUACUGAGCCUGCACUGUGUGGCAGCCUUCAAGAGGCUGGAGCACAAGGAAGUGUUGGCCGGCUUGCUGUUCCUCGUGUUCCCGUUCAUUCCAGCCAGCAACCUCUUCUUCAGGGUGGGCUUUGUGGUGGCCGAGAGAGUCCUGUACAUGCCUAGUAUGGGCUACUGCAUUCUCUUUGUGCAUGGACUGAGUAAGCUUUGUGCUGGGCUGAGCCGAUGCGGGGCCACUUCCCUGAUGGCAUCCACUGUGCUGCUGCUGCUGCUUUUUUCCUGGAAAACUGUGAAGCAGAAUGAAAUUUGGCUGUCGAGAGAGUCCUUAUUCAGGUCUGGAGUUCAGACUCUACCCCACAAUGCCAAGGUUCAUUACAACUACGCCAAUUUCCUCAAAGACCAAGGUCGGAACAAGGAAGCGAUCUACCACUACAAAACUGCCCUCAAGCUGUACCCGCGCCAUGCAAGUGCACUGAACAACCUUGGGACCCUGACGAAGGACAUGGCAGAAGCUAAGAUGUACUACCAAAGGGCACUGCAGCUCCACCCACAGCACAACCGCGCACUUUUCAAUCUGGGGAAUCUCCUCAAGUCCCAGGAGAAAACGGAAGAAGCCAUUGUGCUUCUGAAGGAAUCCAUUAAGUAUGGUCCAGAUUUUGCCGAUGCCUAUUCAAGCUUGGCUUCUCUACUGGCUGAGCAGGAAAGAUUUAAGGAAGCUGAGGACGUUUACCAGGCUGGGAUAAAGAACUGUCCGGACAGCUCAGACUUACACAACAACUACGCGGUUUUCUUAGUAGACUCUGGCUUUCCCGAGAAGGCCGUGGCUCACUACCAGCAGGCCAUCCAGCUCAGCCCAAGCCAUCAUGUGGCUGUGGUGAACCUGGGCCGACUCCACAGGUCCCUGGGAGAGAACAGCAUGGCUGAAGAGUGGUACAGACGUGCCCUGCAGGUGGCCCGCACGGCUGAGGUGCUGUCACCUCUGGGAGCACUCUACUACAACACUGGCCGACACAAGGAGGCACUGGAAGUGUACCGGGAAGCUGUCUCACUCCAGCCUUCCCAGAGGGAUCUCCGCCUGGCUCUGGCACAGGUUUUAGCAGUGAUGGGUCAGACCAAAGAAGCCGAAAAGAUAACCAGCCACAUAGUAUCCGAGGAGCCCAGGUGCCUGGAAUGCUACCGUCUCCUGUCAGCAAUCUACAGCAAGCAGGAACACCAUGAGAAGGCACUCGAGGCCAUAGAGAAGGCUCUUCAACUGAAGCCCAAGGACCCAAAAGUCAUAUCUGAACUUUUCUUUACAAAAGGAAACCAGCUAAGAGAACAGAACCUUCUGGACAAAGCCUUUGAGAGCUAUGAAGCUGCGGUGACCCUGGACCCCGACCAGGCCCAGGCGUGGAUGAACAUGGGCGGCAUCCGGCACAUCCAGGGAAGCUAUGUGCCUGCAAGGGUCUAUUAUGAGAGAGCCCUGAGGCUGGUACCAGAGAGCAAGCUGCUGAAGGAGAAUCUGGCCAAGCUGGAUCGCCUGGAGAGGAGGUUACAAGAAGUCAGAGAGCGGGAUCAAACAUAGAUCAAAAAAGGACAGUCACGUGGGACUCAGCAGGCUGGAAGAAGACAGACUUGGGGAGGCCUUGCUUACCCUCAGCAGGCUCUCCUGAUGGCACAGUGGGAGACGAUCACUGAUGACUGUGCUGAAAGAGUUGUUUCCAUGAAGAGAAACAGCAGAGGGGAGCAGACUGUCUGCAGGGAAGGGGGAUAAGCAAGUGCAUGCUUGGCCGGCUCCUGUGUGACUCCCAGUCCCCAGGAUAUUAAGCAGUGCUUUGGCAGCAGAUAGUGACCUCCAUUCUUACUAUAGCCCAGAAAUACAGAGACCCGAAGUCCUGUAAACACAGCAGUUGUUCCUAAGAAAGCAUGUAUUCUCUGAAGUCAGCCCUUGUGAAAUCUAGAGCAAGUUCAGUUAAUUCUCAAGAAUCUAGAAUUGGUGGUGAAGAGAGCAUUGGUAGAGCCUGUGGAGUGCAGGGGAGCAGAGCACUUGAUAGCUGGGCUUGGGCUAAUAUCCCCCAAGGGUAUCAUUAAGCACCUUUGGAGAAGUACAUUAAAUUCUUCUCUGGUAUAUGGGGUUUUUUUUUUUUUUUUGGUUUUUUUUUUCUUUUUCUUUUUCUUUCUUUCUUUUUUUUUUUUAGUGCCUAAAACACCAAGAUGGAAUCUUCUAGAAUUGUAUGUGGCUAUGCUUAUCUCUAUAGAAAAUCAGAGCUCCCCAUCCUUGAUUCUCUAUGGAAAUGUUUUAAAUGUUUGAACUGUAUUCCAAGAGUUGUUUCUCCACGCUGAACCUUCUGAGUGCAUUAACCAUGAGGUUGGGACCCUGAAAUGUAUUGCUCAGGUGGGGAGCUGCCGGCUGCACUCUGCGUAGAAGUGUUAAAGGGUCGGGCCAGAGAAGGACUCUGCUUUAUUCUCGUAAGGUCAAGAUUGUGAGGUUUAUUGUUUCUGAAUGAUAUAUUUGAGCACUGAGGAAUCUUUACAUUAUAUUACAGAAUUCCUCACAGACUCUAGAGGGAAGAGUAUUCUGUCACUGACUUUUGAGGUUUAGUGAGGAUUCUGUAUUUAAAACGCAAGUGAGUUUGGAGACGUCAUAGAGAAUACUCUAAAACUCUAGGAUGAAGUCUAAAUUCAUAAUUUUUUAAAAAAAUAUAUUUAUAUUUGAAAAUAAGGAAGGCAAAGUUGAAAUCACAAUUGACAUUAUUUUUGGUGUUAUUUAUUGUAUAACUUAUAAAAUAUUUAAUAUAUAUCCACAAUUCUUGUUUUUUUUUUUAGCCUCUGUACAUAGUCAUUUUGAUGGCAGCUCUCAAAACCAUGUGUAUGAAAAUUGCAAAAUGGGAAAGCUUUGACAGUCUCCCCAAAUCCUAUUGGUUGUUUUCCAUUAAAACUAAUGGAGUUAGGGUCAGCUUGGUGUUUGGGGAGUGAAGGAGUUAGAAGGGCUCAUCACUGAAAACAAAGACACCACAGGCCAUGCAGGUCGUGAUGCAGAGGCACUGUCUCAGACGUGACAGCUAGAGACCAAAAGCAUCUGACCACAGCAGCCAGGCCCGAGAGAAAACCUCUGCUUCCUAAGGCAGGAUGCAGUGCCUCUGUGUGUUAUUUUUGUAGCAGGUAAAGUUGAAAAUGUAUGUGGAAAGGCGUGGUGAGAGAGUUUGAUCCAAUACACACCUGCUUUUGGGGGGGGCAGUUUUCGUUACCUGGCUUCUGCCAACAUUAUAUAAAUUAUAUCAUAAAUUGAUCUGGAAUCUUAUUUUCUUCCAUCUAAAUGGAAUUUUCCCCCAUAUAAGUCUUUAGUCCUAAGGUCAGAAAAUGUACUAUAGUGUUUAUUAUAAAAUAAUCCAUAGCCCCUAAAUUGGAUGGCAGGGACUCUUGGUAAAAGUCACCUCUCAGUCAUAAUAGUAUUUAACAGAAUGAAUGCAUUAAAAAGUAAUGGGACAGCUUGAACUAUGACAUUUGACAGGACUUCGCCUUACUGACAGUUCUUCAGAAGGUCUCAGUAUACAUUCGUUAGAAUAAUUCAAAAGGCAAUUACAACGGAAACCUUUCAGAGGAGAAAAGGCCACAUGGCAUCUAGGAGACUGCCGUAUCUGGGCCUCUCUUCUUUCCCAUUUGUCUGCCCACUUUGGCAUCUCCUGGAGCAGUGAAAAUAAAGCACUGUCCACAAAGAAAAGCAAAGUCAGCUUGCUUUGUUGGCCCAGAUAUUCUGGAUCCUCUAUUGAAAUGAACCAGUGAGGUGGUUUCCAUGGCUGAAACAUUUCCUGUGAGAAAAUCAAUUGCAGACUGGUUGAGUGUAUUUUGUUGAGUGUAUUUUGUAACAUGCUAUUUGGUCCUUGUGAUGUGGAAUAGUCAUCUUUAUCACAGCAGAAACAGCCUGGCAUGUCAUGAAAAUGCUCCUGUUUUGCCAUUAGCAGGCGUGUGCUCCAUGGUUGACUGGAGAGCUGUUUCUGAAGCCUUGGCACAGAUCUGGCUUUGUCCUAGUGGUGUCUUAUCAUCCAUGCUGAGAUCAGACCCAGGACCUUGUACACUCCAGGAAGCACUCUCCCCCUGAGCUCUGUCCUCGGCUAAAUUUAUUCUUAAUGUUUGUUUGUUUGUUUGUUUGUGUCCGGCCCUGCGUCUCAGAAUUCUGAAAUACGCCUUAGGUAGGAAGGAGUCAAAAAACAAAUCAGGAUUUGCUUUGCCUGUUCUGAACCCCAGCAUUGCAUUCCUGAAGUUCUUCUUAAAUACAGAGCCCUUGCGUACAUCCUUGUAGCCCUUCCCACCACCAUUCCUUUUCAGACCUGUCUUUAUUCACCUAAGCGACAGUCCGUUCAUGUGCCCAUUGACAUACAAGUUAAUAGGAAUGGCCUGGGGAUCCUUUGGUUAGGACUUUUCAAAAUGAUUCAGAUGAUAUUAAUGUCAUUUAUAAAACCUGGUUUGGUGGUGGAAUGCAGGUAAAUGGACCAAAAAUGUGGAGACCAUGGGGAAAUAGUGCUCUUUGAGGCCUGGGGCCCUUGUUUGUUUGUGUGGAUCUGGGGUUGGAACUUCAUGCAUGCCAGGAGACCUUCUAUCACUGGCUACCAGUGACAGCUCAGCCCCAGAGUUGUUUCUUUUGAAGCUUGUCACAAUGCAAAGAGAUCCUAUAUUAGCAUGCAAGUUCUCUUUUGAAGUCUACAGCAGAAUUUCACAGGCUUCUUUACAGCUUUCAGCCAGACUAAAUAAAAAUUCCAAACCACACUAUAGAAGCUAACCUGGGGUGACUGAACCAAGGGAGAAAAGAAAGUAAAUGUCUCAUUUCUUGUGAUUGUUAGCAGACAGUUUAUAUCCUUCUGAUUACAGAGCAGCAUGGGUAGUAAUGAGGCCCUCCCUCCAGCACAGGGCCUCACAGCACUGGCUGCAUUUAGAGAACUAGGACCCUUCCACACUCCCUAAGACCCAGCUCUCUGGUGAUAGCAAAGCCCUGCAGGGCUGAGCACUUUAACUAAGGAGGUUUGUGACUUUUACCAAGGGGAUUUCUGUAAAAUGACUUAAAGAAUGAGUCAUUGCUCCAUGGGUUGGUCAAGUCCUAGACGUACCGGCAGGUGGCUAAGUUGGGUGGCUUUAUGCUUGUAGCAACUGGACUACAAUUUGCCCUUCUAUUUAGACGAUGCUUGGGUAUCAGAUGGAAAGGCACUGCCUUGCCAUGGGCACCUACCAGGCAAGGUGCCAAAGAUAACAAAUGAAAAAACAGAACCCUGAUUUCUCUGGGCUCUUAGAAGUCGCCCCGGCUCAGUGUUUGCCUCUGCCUGGCACAGACUCUGGGCUUUGUCGUUUGGUUCUUGACUAUACUUAUUCAAAAUGGGGUUUUGUUUUGUUUUGUUUGUUUUGUUUUGUUUUAUGAGCCAGGUGAUGACGGUGCACACCUUUAAUCCUAGCACUUGGGAGGCAGAUGCAGACAGAGGCAGAGGCAGAGGCAGAGGCAGAGGCAGGCAGAACUCUUACAGGCCAGCCUAGUCUACAAAGUGAGUUCCAGGAUAGCCAUGGCUACACACACACACACACACAACCACAAAUCAACAGCAACAACAAUAACAAAACACAUGCUCAUACAAACUUUUUUUUUUAAAGAAUCCUAAGCAAAAAUGCCUUUCUUUUCUCUGUCUGUGGCUAGUCCACCCUGGAGGAUAAGACUUCUGACAGGAACGAUACACGCACGUAGCUGGGCUGAGGAGUUAGGUUGUUCUUGCUUUGUUUUCGUAUUACAGUUUCGGUUAUAGGUUAGUCUUGCCCAAAUACAGCAAAGCCCAAGUAUCUAAAUGGCAUCCUUUUAUGUGUAAAACUAUAGAUGUCUUUCAAACCUUACUUCCGGACAGCAACUGUGUAAGCUAAGGCUAUGGAAUACUGAAAACAGUGGUGGAAAUGUAUAAUUCUUGCCCUUAUUCUGAGUUUUUCAAUGCAAAGCAUGUUGUAUAGUUCUGAAAACACUUGCAGUGUUUUUGUUUCUGUGAGCUUAUUGUUCUGAGAGAGCAGAUUAAUAACUGUAGUACAAACCAUGACUUCCUAUCAAAGAGAGACCAGAGAAUAGAAAAAAAUAUGUGAAGCCGUCAGAUUAACUCAUGUGAAAAUACUCUAUUUUGAUCACCCGGACUCUUCUGAUUAAAGCCACCAGGGCAUGUAACUUUAAAAACAAGACAGUGCCUCACAGUGCAUAGUCCUGGUCUGAUUGCAAAUGUAGGUCGUCAGCUGUUGUAACUAGAAACACCUGCAUGCAGAGACCCAGGCUACCUUCUCCACUGUUGGGGGCACACUCUAUAGUCACAGUGAAUCCGGAAGUUCCUAAUGUGCGUAUCCUUUGGGAGUUUUUUAGCUGUCGGCCCAUUAUGGGGGCACACUAGUUCAAGAUUAGUGCUUCAGAGUUCUAAUCCUAUCAUCACUCUGAGGAGCUGCAUCACUGAGGCAGGGUGGCCUUUCUCAGUGGAGCCUGGCCCCCAUGAAGCACCGUCCUGUCCAAUGGUUCCGGGAAACACCAUGAGCCUCUCCAAUGCUUUGAAAAGCACUACGCAUCUGUGGAGAUAAUGAUCUUGCUCCCCCCACCCCGUUAUUCUUGGUAGUGAGCACCACAACCACAAGACACAUAAACAACCCCGGGAAGGAUUGGGUUGUCCAGAUAUGUAACAUGACAAGAGCAGUUAACUCUUACUUUACAUCUGUGUGCUUAAAGUUCUUACAGUGACCCUGUCAGGUUCCUGGGAGAAAAGAUAACGUUCCUUCCAGGGGACUGGGGCGUCUGCAGAGGCCAGGGCUGGUUUUGACUGUGUGGAAAUCGCUGUGUUGCUGUCAGGACCUGUUCUUUGUUCCUAUUGCUCAAUGUUCCUGUUUUGGGUGAUCGUGUAUAAAUGUACACCUGCGUUAUUUUUGCUAUGCUGCUUAAAGUAUUCCUCCAUAUAAGUCUGACUGUAUACUUUGCCUAAGUCUUUCAAAAAUAAAAUUUAUGUAAAUGUCUAUUUUAUAUAAAACAUGGUAAAAUAAGAA